CUGUGCAGCUGGAAGAGCAAGUGUAUGGUGGUGCUUUGAUUAUGAGAGGAGCCAGGACUCUGCAAGCACUGCAGCACUCACUGGAUCCCUCCCAGAGCCUGCAGCACAGAACAGCUCUGUUCAUUGACCUGUUCUGAAUAUCAGCUGCAAGCCUUGUCAUCACUCUCCCAACCCCCUGAUGCACUAAAUAAGGGAUGAAAGCAAUAGCAGUCCUGGAGUGCCAGCAUCCUCGGCAUGUACCAUAUUACCGGUGACACCUACAAGUAACCUGACUAGGAGGUCUUCACACCACCAAGAGGCCGGAUACCGGUUCUACAUAGCCUGAGGCCAAGAUUUAAAGGGAACCUGUCCAGUCAUUCUGUUUCUUUCCAGCACAUUAUCAUGAAAGAUCAUGGCUGCUUUGGGAAUUCUUAGCUACGAACAAAGACCUCUAAAAAAACCUCGUCUUGGACCACCUGAUGUGUACCCACAGUACCCUAAGCAGAAAGAGGAUGAACUGACUGCAGCGAAUGUUAAACAAGGAUUCAGUAACCAACCAGCCUUUUCUGGAGAUGAGUAUGGAUCAGCCAGGAACAUUGUCAUUAACCCAUCAAAGAUUGGAGCAUACUUCAGUAGUAUUCUUGCUGAAAAGUUAAAACUGAACACCUUUCAAGACACUGGGAAGAAAAAGCCACAAAUUAAUGCCAAAGACAACUACUGGCUGGUGACGGCUCGUUCUCAGGGUGCUAUUCACAGCUGGUUUACUGAUCUAGCUGGUAACAAACACCUGACUGUUUUAGCUAAAAAGGUACCUAUACUUAGUAAGAAAGAAGAUAUAUUUGGCUACCUGGCCAAAUAUUCAGUGCCACUUUUACGUGCAGCCUGGCUGGUAAAGAUGACUUGUGCAUACUAUGCUGCUAUUUCAGAAGCUAAAAUAAAGAAACGUCAGUCGACUGAUCCAAACAUAGAAUGGACUCAGAUUUUAACAAAAUAUCUCCGAGAUCAACUGGUCAAAAUUGCUGAUUUUUAUCAUUCAACCUCUGGACAAUCCAACAGUUCCUUGGUGGUAACACAGGAUAUGGAACAGGCCUUAAAGCACUGGGAAUACAAUGAGAAAUUGGCAUUUUACAUGUUUCAGGAAGGUUUGCUUGAAAGGCAUGAAUACUUAACAUGGAUGCUGGAUGUUUUGGAAAAAGUCCAUCCACUGGAUGAUGAGCUCCUGAAAAUCUUAUUACCCCUGGUUUUGCAGCACUCUGAGGAAUUUGUACAGUCUGCGUAUUUGUCACGACGCCUUGCCUACUUCUGCUCCAGACGCCUUUCUGCACUGCUAAGUGAUUGCGCUAGUCCUGCCACUGUACAUACACCCAUUGUAAUGAUCGGGCCAAACAAUGCUUCUAUAUCUGCUCCAAGUCCUAGUACUGCAGGACCAGUUGCCAAUUCUGUCCAUCUGCCUUGUGCUGAUUUUCAGAUUUGUCCCCAACACCGUCCAUUAGUAUAUGGUCUUAGCUGCAUGUUACAAACUAUCACUCUCUGCUGUCCAAGUGCCUUGGUGUGGAACUAUUCCACAAACGAAAGUAAAAACACAAAUCCAGGUUCUCCACUGGAUCUUCUUCAGGUCGCCCCAUCCAGCCUGCCUAUGCCUGGUGCAAAUUCCCCAUUUAAUCAACAGGUUCGAGCUAAAAUUUAUGAAGUGGAACAACAGAUUAAACAAAGGGGUCAGGCUGUGGAAGUCCGAUGGUCAUUUGAUAAGUGCCAAGAAUCAGCUGCAGGUGUUACUAUUAGCAGAGUUUUGCACACAUUGGAAGUCUUAGAUCGGCAUUGUUUUGACAGAUUGGAUUCCAGUAACUCCUUGGAUACCUUGUAUUAUAAGAUAUUUUGCACAAAUCAAAAUAAGGACAGCCAGGAGGUGCCCCCUAGUGAUGAAGCUGUGGUCACAUUACUUUGCGAGUGGGCUGUUAGCUGCAAGCGGUCUGGAAAACACAGAGCCAUGGUGGUGGCUAAGCUUCUUGAAAAGAGACAGCUGGAGAUAGAGGCUGAGCGGUGUAGUGAGUCUGAGGUCUUGGAUGAGAAGGAAUCUAUCUCUUCUACUUCUCUUGCUGGAUCCAGCUUGCCCAUCUUCCAGAAUAUCUUACUGCGAUUUCUAGAUUCACAAGCUCCCUCUCUUCGUGACCCAAAUGAUGAACAUGAAAAAACUGAGUUUAUAAAUUUAGUUUUACUUUUCUGCGAGUUCAUCCGCCAUGAUAUAUUUUCUCAUGAUGCAUAUAUGUGUACUUUAAUAUCACGUGGGGAUUUGUCAGCCAGUAACCAAUCCCAUUCACCAAAUUUGGAACAUUUAGAUGAACAUUACACUAAAGAUCUCAGUGUCAAGCUGGAGGAACCAGGCUUGGGAGACCAAAUGGAAAUUGACUCAGGAACAGCCCACCUCUUUGAUGACAUUGAGAAAAAUGACUUCAAAACAGACUUUGGCUCAGAAUUUCCAAUAUUCUCCCCAGUAUCUGGAGACUGCCAUCAUUAUAACUCUCCAUCACUUCAUAGAAGAGUUUCUGCUUCCAGUGAAAAGUCAGUAAAACAAGAGAUCAUUUUCCCUUGCACGUACGAGCUUCUACGCCAUUUACAGUAUGCCACACACUUUCCCAUUCCUCUGGAAAUGUCAUCAAGUCAUGAAUGUAACCAGAGAAUGAUUCUACUAUAUGGAGUAGGACGAGAGCGAGAUGAGGCCAGACAUCAAGUACGGAAACUUACCAAAGAUCUCUUAAAGAUUCUAAAUACAAAUGGCACAAGUGAAUCCGCUGAUGAUGGGCAACGAAUGAAAAAAAGCAAGCAGGAAACAUUUCCAACUUUAGAAAGCACUUUUUCAAGGGUGCAGCACUUGUCCUACUUUGACCAGCAUCAUAUCACAUCCCAGAUCUCUUGUAAUGUGCUGGAACAGAUCACAAGCUUCGCUUCUGGGACUUCUUACCAUCUUCCUUUGGCUCACCAUGUCCAACUUAUAUUUGACUUAAUGGAACCGGCUCUCAACAUCAAUGGUCUUAUUGAUUUCGCUGUACAGCUUUUAAAUGAACUGAGUGUGGUGGAAGCAGAGUUACUGCUGAAGUCGUCCAGCCUGGCAGGAAGUUACACAACCCGUCUCUGUCUGUACAUUGUGGCCGUGCUCAGGCGAUAUCAUGCUUGUCUAAUUUUAAAUUCUGAUCAAACAGCACAAGUUUUUGAAGGGUUGUGUGGUGUAGUCAAGCACGUGGUCAAUCCAUCAGAAUGCUCCUCUCCAGAACGCUGUAUUUUGGCCUAUUUGUAUGACCUCUAUGUGUCAUGUAGUCACUUAAGGAGUAAAUUUGGAGAUCUAUUCAGUAGUGCUUGUUCAAAAGUAAAGCAGACGAUAUACAACAGUGUACAGCCCUCCAACUCUAAUGUUCUGUGGGAUCCAGACUUCAUGGCAGACUUUAUAGAGAACCCCUCUAUUCAUAAUAUUAAUCACAUGAUGCUGGGAAAGAUUCUCAGUGACAAUUCACCAAACCGAUACAGUUUUGUCUGCAAUGUCCUCAUGAAUGUUUGUAUGGGGCACCAAGAUGCUGAAAGGAUCAAUGAUAUCUCUAACCUGUGUGCUGAGCUGACCGCCUGCUGUACAAUAUUGAGCUCAGAAUGGCUGGGAGUUCUCAAGGCUCUGUGCUGCUCCUCCAACCAUGUGUGGGGCUUCAAUGAUUUACUUUGCAGUGUGGAUGUUAGUGACCUCUCAUUUCAUGACUCACUGGCCACUUUUGUUGCUGUUCUGAUAGCACGGCAUUGCUUUUCAUUGGAAGAUGUGGUCCAGCAUGUUGCUCUUCCAUCGCUACUGGCUGCAGAGCUUUUCAUUAUAGCUUGUGGGGACCCAGAUGCUGAACCAGGUGCCAGAAUGACAUGCCGCCUUCUUUUACAUCUCCUUAAAACACCCCAGAUCAGCACAUAUGGAGUGGCCAAUGGGAAACAUGCACCCGGAUUGUUAUCAUCUUGUAAUAGACAUCUUUUGGCAGCUGCUCAUAACAGCAUUGAAGUUGGAGCUGUAUUUGCAGUCCUCAAAGCAAUCCUGAUGCUGGGAGAUGCUGACAUUGGAAAUGGUAGUAUUAGCUCUUCUAGGCACAUUAAAGCUGAUAUACCAGAAGAAGCAGUAGAUGAGGGGAUGCCAGAGUCACAAACAACACCACAGUCAUCUGGAAAGCCAUUUGUCAUUGAGACAGCUAGUUUAAGCGAGUAUGCCAAGUAUGUUCUGAGAACAAUUUGCCAACAGGAAUGGGUUGGAGACCACUGUUUGAAAGAACCAGAGAGGCUAUGCACUGAUAAAGACCUCAUCCUUGAUCCUGUCCUCUCUAAUGAACAAGCACGGAAGCUUCUACAGCUGAUAUGUUAUCCUCAUGGAGUAAAUGAGUCAAUUGAAGGAGACAACAUCCAACGGCUCCAUAUUAAGCGUAUCCUACAGAACCUUGACCAGUGGACGCUCAGGCAGUCAUGGCUGGAGAUUCAGCUGAUGAUCAAGCAGUGCAUGAAGGAACCUGGCCCAAGUUCAGUGACUGAGAUGAAUGGACUCCUGGAUAAUAUUGCAAAGGCCACCAUAGAAGUGUUCCAGCAGUCCGCUGAACUAAACAGCAGCCCCAAUAAUCCAUUCAGCGGUCUCUUCAAUGCAAACUGUGCUGCACAUGCAGAGACAAACAGCACCAGACAUAAUGUGAAGUCAGCCCUCCUCAGCUCUUCUGAACGGAGAGGUGUGUGGCUUGUGGCCCCACUUAUCGCUAAACUACCUACCUCAGUCCAAGGCAGAGUGCUAAAAGCAGCAGGAGAAGAACUGGAGAAGGGGCAGCACUUGGGCUCAUCCUCAAAGAAAGAAAGAGAUAGGCAAAAACAAAAAAGCAUGUCUUUGCUGAGCCAGCACCCCUUCCUGUCCUUGGUACUCACCUGUUUAAAAGGCCAAGAUGAGCAGAGAGAAGGACUUCUGACAUCACUGCAAAACCAAGUCAAUCAGAUUCUGAGUAACUGGAGAGAAGAGAAGUACCAGGAUGAUGUGAAAGCUCGGCAGAUGAUGCAUGAAGCUCUUCAGCUGCGGCUUAAUUUGGUUGGCGGCAUGUUUGACACGGUGCAGAGGAGCACACAGUGGACGGCAGACUGGGCUGUUUUGCUUCUUCAGAUUAUUACUUCAGGGACAGUAGACAUACAGACAAACAAUGAAUUAUUCACAACUGUUCUUGAUAUGCUGGGUGUCCUCAUAAAUGGCACCCUCGCCUCUGAUCUCUCCAGUGUAUGUCAAGGAAGUUCAGAGGAGAACAAAAGGGCUUAUAUGAACCUGGUGAAAAAGCUUAAGAAAGAACUUGGUGAUAAACGGUCAGAGAGCAUUGAUAAAGUCCGGCAACUUUUACCAUUGCCAAAACAGACCUGUGAUGUCAUUACCUGUGAGCCAAUGGGAUCCCUUAUUGACACAAAAGGCAACAAAAUUGCCGGAUUUGACUCUAUUGACAAGAAACAGGGUCUUCAAGUUUCCACUAAACAGAAGGUGUCUCCUUGGGACUUAUUUGAAGGUCAUAAAAACCCAGCUCCUCUCUCCUGGUCCUGGUUUGGAACUGUUCGUGUUGAUAGGAAAGUGAUAAAAUAUGAAGAGCAGCAUCACCUUCUUCUUUACCACACUCAUCCAAAGCCCAAACCUCCAAGUUACUACCUUGAACCAUUGCCCCUUCCUCCAGAAGAAGAAGAUGAGGAAGAAGAACCUGCUACUCCAGGGUCUGUGGACCCAGAAGGGAAGGCAACAGACUUUUCUGAUCCCAGUAAAUCAGUAACUGAGGAAGAAAAGAAAUCCAAAGGCAGAAAGCGUAAGAGCAAGGCCAACCCACGGACAGAUGAAUAUCCCCCAAAUACUGCAUAUCGAGCACCACCUAAUUUUUCACCGCUGUCAUCUCAAAUGUUACAUCACAUGCCAGUCACUACAUGGAGUUACAAUAUUGCAGGACAGCCACAGGCAAACUUCUACUUGCAGAACCCAUCUGUCGUGUCAGUUGGCUCCAGAAUGGAUUCAGUGGGUUCAUUUCUUCCUACAAACACAAAGCAAGCCCUGACAAACAUGUUACAGAGACGUUCGGGCACAGUAAUGCAGCCGCCCUCCAUGCACGCCAUCAGCCCUCAACAGCAGCUUUUACAGCUGAAACUAUUGCAACAGCAGCAGCAACAACGGCUACUUCGGCAACAUGUACAAGCAAGAACACUUCAGCAGGGUCAAACAAUGGAACAGGCUGCUUUAUUUUCUCAGCAAAUACGACCUUCCCAAGCAUACCCAGGCAUUCAGCAAGCACAGCCAGUUCCACAUGGGUAUACAAUGUACAGUACUCAGGAACCAGUUCAGCAGCAUCAUGGUGGAAAUGUACUACUUACUCCCAACUAUAACCCAAGGGCAGCUACUGCAGCUCCUCUUAAUUCAGCUCUUAUGGAAAGGCUUCGGCAGAUACAGCAACAACCUUCAGGAUAUAUGCAACAAGGAGCUUCCUUCAUACAGCCAAUGGCAAGUAACCAGCGGUUUCCUCAUCAACCCUUGCAGCAGAACCCCUUGAUCGGAGGAGGCCUGGAACCAGUAGCUGCCCAGGUUCUACAGUCUAAUAUUAGCUCAGUGCCCUUGAAUCAGGAGCAGCUGAGACAGAGACAGCAGCAAAUUCGGCAGCAGAGACUUGUACAGCUACAACAACAGCAAAAUCAGCAAGCCAUGGGCCUUCAAGUAAUGCAAGCACAGCAGCCACUGUUCUCAAGACAAGGUUUACAGCAGACUCAACAACAACAGCAAACCGCUGCCUUAGUCAGGCAACUACAGAAACAGCUUUCAAGUAACCAGCCACAACAAACAAUGAAUUUAUAUGGAGAGCCUUCCAGUUUCUAAACUUUAAUGGAAAUAUAUGCUUUUUGUGUGCAUUUUUGAAAUUUUAUGUUAUAAUCCUUUUUCUUAUUCUGUUGGGUGUAUGGAUAGCCUCGCAGGAGGUAGUUUUUGGUAUUUGCUAAUGUUUUUCUUGGAGACCUGAAAAAAAAAAAAACAGUGGUCUGUGUUUUUUAUUAAUUUUGCUGCUAUGAAAAUAAGGACAUUGUGGAUAUGAGUAUACGACGUGUAAAAAAGACCAAACUACUGAGCUGAAAAUGACGACUUGGAUUUUUAACUUAAUAUGGGCUUCUACGUUGUAUUUAGUGGUAGAUUUUACUGUACCUUCUUAUGAAAGCCCAUAGAUGUUUCUUUACCUUAUGAACUUUUAGAGCCUCUUUAUAAUGUUUUCUGUGUUAUUGCAUUGCUCAUAUUUCCUGCAUUCUGCUGUUCAGAUUCAUUGGAGUAGUAUGGUGUGUAUACAUGACAAUUCCGUGUUGAAAAUGUAAAGCCAAUACUUAGCACUGAUAAAUGUGCGCUUCCUGAAAAUGGUAACACAAUAUAUUGCUUUACUGCUUAAAUUGUCUUUGUCUCAGGGAUCAUUCUGGACUAUUACUCAUGUGAAUAAACGUAGCACAUUUAUUUAGUUGGAGUAAUAUUCACGAGGUUGGAAAAAAGCCUCUUCCUUUUCACCAGAAACAGCACAAAUCUUGUCCAUGGACUGUGUUUAGUAGUGAAUGGGGCUAAGCUGCAGUACCAGAUACAGACAAUGGACAAGGGGGCACUGUUUCUAGAAUAAAACCAAACACUGUAUUUGGAAAAUAUACAACUCAUUUCAAGGACUUUUAAUUGCAUUUAUGACAAAAUGUUAGGAAAUUGAUAAUUUUGCAGGUUCGUAAUAUUUUAGAGUCCGCCUCACUGACUAUAGGCUGAAGAGUGGCAAUAGUUUGUGGUUAAAUGACAGAGCUCUUUCUAUAGAUUUAUAUAAAAUCAGUAGAAUGUAUAGUCAUAGAGGGUGGGUAGCCAGGACAAUUUUGAAAUGUUGCAGCUAAACGUAGACAACUUAGAUAUUUAUUAGCAUAGGCUUGUUAGAAAACUGCUUAAGGUGGAGCACCACUAUAAGGCUGGAUCCUAUGUUACAUUUGUUACCUCUGCUACACUCAGAUUGACUUAAUCUGCAGUAAAAAUCUCUGAAAAAUCCACAAAAUUGAGCAUGUGCUAUUUCUGCAGUGUGUGAGUCCACUUUUCUGCUACUGUAUUCCUCUGCACAUUGGGGGAAAGUUAUUAAAACCUGUCCAGAGGAAAAGUUUCCCAGUUUCCCAUAGCAACCAAUCAGAUCACUUCUUUUAUUUUUA